UAAGAUGGCCGUAAUAUAAUAAACCGCAGGGGAAGAAUAUAUAUAUAGACCACGCGAGAUCCCGCUCUAACAAGUGACUUUGUCAGUGACCGUAGAGAUUAUCAAGUAGCAGUACAAGCGAUUUCCGAAAUGCCUAGAAUUGACAACGAUAUCAAGUUAGAUUUCAAGGAUGUCCUUGUACGACCAAAGCGCAGCACAAUCCGGAGCCGUGCCGAUGGGUCCGUGCUGAGACAGGUUGACCUCACUCGGUCAUUCAUCUUCCGCAACUCCAACCUCACCUACACAGGUAUUCCCGUCAUGGCUGCCAACAUGGACACAGUUGGUACCUUCGAGAUGGCCAAAGCAUUUGCAAAGCACCUGAUGUUCACAACCAUCCACAAACACUACUCACUAGCAGCGUGGAAGGAGUUUGUGGACAACAAUGCUGAAACUCUUGAGCAUAUUGCCGUCAGCGCCGGCAUAGCAGAAGGGGACAUGCAGAAGCUGAGUGACAUUCUGGAGUUGGCGCCACAGAUCAAGUUCAUCUGUCUUGAUGUUGCUAACGGUUACUCAGAGCACUUCGUGCAGUUUGUCAGGGAUGUCCGAAAGAAGUUCCCCAAAAAGACGAUCAUGGCAGGUAACGUGGUGACAGGUGAGAUGGUGGAGGAGCUGAUCUUGUCAGGGGCGGACAUCAUCAAGGUGGGGAUCGGCCCUGGCUCUGUGUGCACCACCAGGAAGAAGACUGGGGUCGGCUACCCACAGCUCAGUGCCGUCAUGGAAUGUGCGGACGCAGCCCAUGGCCUGGGUGGACAUAUAAUAUCUGAUGGAGGGUGCACAUGUCCUGGUGAUGUGGCGAAGGCAUUUGGUGCAGGGGCGGACUACGUGAUGCUGGGUGGCAUGCUGGCCGGACACAAUGAGUCAGGAGGGGAAAUGAUCGAGAAAAAUGGCAAGAAGGUUAAACUGUUCUAUGGAAUGAGCUCGGCUACUGCCAUGAAGAAACAUUCUGGAGGUGUCGCUGAAUACAGGGCAUCAGAAGGAAAGACUGUUGAGAUAGAGUACCGAGGAGAGGUGGAAGCUACAAUUCAGGACAUCUUGGGGGGCAUCAGAUCCACCUGCACAUACGUUGGGGCCUCCAAGCUGAAGGAGCUGAGCCGCAGGACGACAUUCAUACGCUGUACACAACAGUGGAAUGAAGUCUUCACAGCCUUUACCACACAACAUUAACUGCUUGGAAACCACAUGCUUGGAGUUAUCUCCCUUGAAAACAUGGCAAAUGGUGAUCUAGUGCUGCUAACAGGUCAUUUUGGGGUUAAAUUAUUUGUUUUUGUAUGCUAAAAGAACACAUUACAUAAAUGUCUGUGCUUGUACAAGUGAAUAUAUUUUGCAUCUUUAAAAAUCUAAGGUUACAUACAAGAUCAGACUGAGAUGUGCUUGUCAUGAGUUGCUUCCCAUGGCCGUCCUCAUGUUUUACUCCAGUGAUGAAUUGUCCUGUGCCAUAGAUAUAGACUGCUGUAUGGGGAGUGAGGGUAUUUUUGAUGACUUGUCCAGGACAAUUUUUGAUAGCAGUCACUUGUGUGUAUGAACACCUUUAUGUAUGUAUAAGGGGAAUGUUAAACUAUGAGCUUACAUACAUAAUGCAUUGAAAUCUAUUUACCAAUGUAAUAUGAACAAUAUAGUGAAAACUGGGACAGAAAUCUUACAGGCUAUUAUCAAUGUAAUAUGGUUUGAAUAAACUGUAUCCAUUGUUGCCAAGGUAAUAUGGUCUGAACAAGCCGUAUCCAUUGUUGCCAAGGUAAUAUGGUCUGAACAAACAGUAUCCAUUGUUGUCAAGGUAAUAUGGUCUGAACAAACAGUAUCCAGGAUUAUUGUUUUCAUACUUCUGUCUCAUUCAUUUUUCCACUGUAAUAUGCACAAUGAAAAUAGUUUGUGUGUUGAUCCUAGAAAACUCCUUAUAUGUAUUCUAACAGUACUUCUUUUGCCAUCAGUUAGUUUCCUAAUGGUUUUUUCCUUUUUAUUUUGUGUAUUCAAAUUUUGCUGUAAUAUUAAUGAAGCCAAAUAUUUAAAAAAAGUUGGCCAUGGCAUGUAUGCUGCUUGUGGAAACCUAUGGGUCUUUAGGGUUAAUGUUGGUCUCAGCAACCUAUCCUUAAUGUAUUGGAUGGCUGGCCUCGGGACUUUGUCUGUGUAUCCUGACAAUAUGCAUGGUGCUUGAUAUAUUUACAGAGAAGACAGGUGCGCCCUUACAUAGAUGACAGGUGCUCCCUCACAUUGAAUUAAGUGACAAUCACAGGUGGACCCAGGUAGCACUUACCAGUCCACUUCUCUUUAGCGAGAUGUAAAAAGUGACCCUGAACCUGUGCCUACCACAGCUCACAGAGUCCAUUCUUACAGCACAAUGAGAAUAAUAAAAAGAGAGAUUUUCCACUAAGUCUGAUAUAGGUAUUUGGAGGUGUAACAUAACUUCCAUGGUGGCAGAACAUGUCCCGGCUCAGUCGUCAGUAAUGAAGGAGGACUCGACAGGAAGUUGUAAAUACACGUAUAUUGUUCAACUCAACUCUCAGCAACAUUCCAGCUUUAUCCUGAUAAAAAAGAUUGAACCAGUCAAUCCAGUGAUUAACAUUGUGGUCAUCCAUCAAUACAAUUGAGGUAAAAUGCAUCAACCAAGUCAGAGAGUGUGACCUCCACGUCUCGUCAGUUGCUGAAGACGGGUUCUGACCCUGACCGUCAUGGGUAACAUGUUUAUUCAAUACUGCAUGUUUACAAUCAUUUCCAAGCUUUUUCACAAUCCUAUUUCCCAGCAUUACAAUCCAAGAAUUAGAAGAUGAUUCUAAUCAUCUAUAUUGUUCCCAAGGUAACAAGGGGUUGUUGCUAUUUUAUGGUCCCAGACACAGGCAAUUGAUUCAUUCUCUAAAUAGAUAAUUUACACAA